UUCCUGUUCCGGAACUUCAUUUCCGGUUUCAUUUUCAUUUUGUUUGAUGUGGCAAAAGUGACAUGGCUGCAGAAGACAUCCACGUGCGACUGUGUUUACAGGAAAUCGUUAGGUUAGAUCUUGAAGUCAAAGCACUCAUCCAGGACAUUAGGGAGUGUGCUGACACCAAGGAGGUGCUAGAGGACAUAAAUGUUGAGGCAAGAGGAAAAGUUAACAAGCUUCGGAAAAAGAUUGAGGAGUUGGAAACUCUAGGCUUUGAACAAGAUAAGGAAGAGGAUAGACAAAUAAUACACAAGGAUGUGGAGAAUCAGAAGCAGAGACUUGCCAGUACUGUCAGCAGCCUUAGAAAGACAAAUGUAUCUGUGCAGCUGAGAAUUGACAAAUGUGAAAAGGACAUGUUAUUGAAGGGAGGAACUUCGGUGAGGAAACGGACUGCAAACUCUAAGGAAAUAUUAGCAAAGAGAGGCAGUGACAUAUCGGAAAGUCUGAUGAGCUUAAACAGAACAAUGGCUGCGCAGGUCGAACGAAGUGAACUCACAAAAUCUACACUGAUUCAGUCCUCAUCCACGCUACAUGGUACACAAGAGGAGAUGAAAAGCAUGGGUGGACAUUUAGUCAGCUCCCGCAAACUUAUCACAAAAUACGGAAGGCGACAACUAACCGAUAGACUUCUAAUAUUUUUGGCUGUAGUGUUCUUUUUUGCAACUGUAUUGUACAUUGUGAAGAAACGGAUAUGGUAACAGUCUCUGUAUAAUUAGAUUUUGUGUAGUCAAUUUUUUGUUUAUUGUUGAAAUAAAAAUGUUAUUUGAA